AUGUUAUUCUUGGUAUACAAGUUGCUCCACAAAGUGUACUGUAGUGGUGGUGAAACAAGGUCUGAGCCUCUCCACUUGCUUCAAAUUAUGACUCAUCACAUGUAUCAAGGUAAAACUGGCUGUGCUACUACCAAGACAAUUCAAGAUCUUCAAUCUCAACCUUCUCAACCAGUACAUUUUGGAAUUCAAAAAUUAGCAGAGAAAGUAUUGGUAUUGGUCAACACACUUGAUAAUCAACAUGUUCCUCAGACUGAUUGGCUCAAAAAACAUGAACACCUAGUAAAAGAAUGCCAAGACUUGGCUCAGGAAGCCUUAUUGAACCCUCAAUAUCUGAAAGACCUGGAAAGGCUUUGGGCUACUGGAAUCUGGGUAGCACUUGAAAUAGGAAAAUGGGGAAGAACAGACAAUAUACCAAUGCCAGACGGCCUCAGAAACCAAGUAAAACUGGAAAUACAAGCUGCUUGGCAUUAUGGAGCACAAUUCACUGAAGCAUUUGAUCAUUGGAUGAGAAAGGAAAUACCCACAAGAGGCCAUGAUCAUGGACUUGAGGAAUGUUUGAAGAGGGCUGAAUUGAUAGGACAACAUGAGAAGGAGGAUGGAUAUCAAAUUGGUAGAAUCCGUCACCCAACCGAUAGAAUGGUUGCUGAAUACCUCUCAGGUCACACACUACCUCGAGAGGCUGUCCUAGUCCAGGGUCUUCUUGCUGAAUUUCAGGAAAUUUUCCAGGAACCACAUGUUGAAUUUACUGAGGGCCAAUAUGCUAUUGAUAUCCUUGCACAUAUGCUUCAUUUCUGGUCCUACGAUAGACCCAGAUUGGCAUUUGGUAUUUUCCUCAACAAUGUGGUACUUUGUAAAAAUAUGAACAGUUUCCAGGCUAAGAGAGACAUCCUUCAACAUUCUGAAAAGUUAAGACCAUUUCUAACCAAUAUCAAACUUAACUCAAGAUCUCAAGAUCUGUACUCAAUCUUGAGCAAUCCAUUGGAACAACACCAAAACGUCAAAAAUGCCAUCAAUAGACUGCUGAUAGAAAUGAAGAAUAUCCCAGAGGCAGACCUCCAAGACUCCUACAAAUUGAUCAUGGCCCAUAACGAACUGGGAAAAUAUGUGGAACAAGAACUACUUUCUGAAGCGCCUUCCACCAACAGGUGGGAUAUUUUUGAUGGUAUUCAAAGGGCCUGGUCUAAAAUUUAUCCAGGAUUUCGUUUGGGUCGAGAGGAUCUGAUGGCCUACAAUUAUGGUCUUGUCCUAGAGCAUCCUCACCUCCUUGCACAUGCCAAAUGGGACAAUUUCAUGCAAGUCACCCAACUCUUCAAAGAAGAUGUGCCUUCCAAACCUUUCUGGAACAAGCCUUCUCAACCAUACCAGGUUGCUGCUUAUGAUGGAGGAUAUUAUCGCAACAUUGCAGCAGGCAUGAGCAAUAAAGAGAUACCAUAUCCAUUGGGUCUUGAGAUGUUAAUGCAUCUGACCAAUUACCUUCCACAAGGGCCUGACCAUCUCCUGCAAUUAAUUUCCAAAGAAUCUGCGGCUAUUCGUGAUGCUAUCAGGCAUGUGAUGUCUAAAGAGUUCAAGUGGCCUUCCUGGACCAAUCAUGAUAGAUCAGAACAAGAAAUGAAGGAAAUAAAACACUUUGUAAAAGUCCUGGACAAGAUAACUCCCGUUAGUAGUAUGACAGAAAUAGCAAAAGUUAACUUAGUCCAUGCAAAAGACAAUGUAAAAUUACAUGCAUCAAACUUCAAGUGUCGCAUAAUGCAUCAACCCCUUGACACACCAACGGCAAGUGAUGGCUUAGAACUCUUAAACGGGGACACCAGCUCAUUAACUAUGGAACAAUGGCGGCAAAUAUUUCAAAAAACAAGUCCAGUUACUACACAAAUUGCUCAAACUACCUUGUCUUGGUACCCGCGUUGGGAGGCAUCGUGGAAUUUAAGUGGAUGA